CAGGAAUUUGUAAAUUCAUAACGGGGUGGACACGAAGUUGGUUUAGCAUCUACAGAGGCAUGAAGUCUCGGUUUCCAAUAAUUGACUUUUCUUAAACUUUCUGGACCACAGAGAUGAAGUUUUGUUGUCGCAAUAACACAACGUUUUGGUUUUGUUUCUUGGGAUUAUUGGCGUUAGGAUCGUGUUAUCCUUGGGUAUCGAACAGGGAGUCAAAAGGCAAAGGAAUUUUUAAAGACCAACCAUACAAUGAUCCGGUUGGAGAAUUUACAGGAGACGAAAGAAGACCGUUUGCAUACGGAACCAAAGAAGACUCGGAAAAUGAUAACGUAGCCUAUGACGAAUCCCAAGAUGACGUCCGGGCCCAAGACUACAGGGCAUGGGUACUAGGAGAAAUUGAGAACUAUCGCAAACGACUGCAAUCAGAAGAAAAUGAUGAUGAAUCAGACAGUAAACCCGUUCGCGGUGAAACAGAGGAAGACAGACUGGCGCUUCUGAGAGAAGAAGCAACGAAUAGAAGGCAACAAGAGGCGUUAAAAAGAAGAGGAAGUGCCAGAAAGGAGCAGAAAUUAACAGAGAGUGAUGUUCCAAAAACAGGGCAUCUUUUUGAAGGCGAUAUAGUUAUGUCAGACCACUUCCGGUCGCAUCUGACCGCAGAGAACUCCAAGAGAGAUGCCCUGGUCGACAAGGAAUACUUAUGGGAAAAGAAAGAUGGAAUAGUUCGAGUACCUUACUCCGUGGAUAAAAACUUUAAUGAACUCAAAAGGGAACGAUUAAGACAAGCUGUGGACGAUUUCAAUAAGUACACAUGUAUCACGUUUGAACCUAAACAAGAAAGCGAUGAUGAUCAUGUGCACUUUUUCUCCAACAAAUCCAUGUGUUACUCCAGUGUGGGCAAACAGGGUGGUAAACAGAAGAUAUCAAUAGGUGAUGGCUGUGAGAGGAAGGGGACUGUCAUCCAUGAGAUGCUACACAGUAUUGGCUUCAUUCACGAACAGUCUCGUCCUGACAGAGACAAAUAUGUUAAAGUUGUUUGGGAAAACAUCAAGAAAAGACUGAAACACAAUUUUCAGAAAUAUCCAAGAUACCUUGUAGAUGAUCUUGGCAUAGGAUAUGAUUUUGACUCUGUUCUUCACUACCACAACUCAGCGUUUACUAAAAAUGGAGAAGACACUUUGAUCGACAAAGCAGACCCGUCAAGAAAGUUUGGCCAGCGAAUCGGAUUCAGUAAACGAAACAUCGAACAAGUGAACAAGCUAUAUGGAUGUGACGUUGAUCCACACGUAAUGGACGAUGUCCAGUUUGAAUAAUAAAAUUUUCAAUAUUCUUUUAGUGCAUUAAAAAAAUCCCUCCGACAACUCAAUAGAAAUUUUAACCUCGGGUGUAAUGUUUUCCUAUUUCAUUUUACGUGUCAUUUCCUUGAGAAUAAGAUUCUUUGUUUGAGUUGUAUCCAUAUUCAUGCGUCUGCUCACUCUAAACAAAGAAAUGAUACUCUAGAGAAUGACACGUGGUCUGGUAUGGGAAAAUAUUACAUCCAAAGUAAAGAGGUCUAUUCACGUCAAAGUUUCUCUCAUUUCUUAUCCAUUUCAGCUAAUAAUGUUAUUUUCGAUAUCAUCCCUUAUUUUUUCACACCGAACCUAACGCAACACAGACUGAACGAAUUGACCAAUAAGCACACAAAACAACAUCAGCUCGAAGUCAGCGCAUACAUACCCUUUUAUUUGACGUCUCUAAAGAUUAUAUAUAAUAUUUUCAUCAAACGAAAUUAAUGAAUUCCUCAAAAAGGCUUAUCACUUGUGAAUGAAGCCUCAUGUUUCCAAUGUGGGAUGUUUUAAUCUGAAUAAAUAUAAGUAAAUUCACCACUUUUCAUAAAUCGGUUCUACAGUCAAAUACAAAGCGGUCAACCGAGGCUACGAGGUAAAUUUGAAUGAUCUUUUGAAACUACCUUGAAGCCUCGAUUGAAUAUUUUGUGUGUGACCAGUGAAUCGAUGUAUGGGAAGUUAUAAAUCAUAGCUAGAUGCGUAAAUAGUUAAAGCCUCAUAGAAUACCUACUAAAGUGCAAACAAUAUGGAAUAAUUUUUCAGAGUUAACCCGUUUAACAAAAAAUAGCUGCUAAAGUGUAAUACUCAAAUAAUUACAAAUUCGUGUCUACACUAACCUGGAAAUGAUGGUAUAAUGCGCACCGCAAACUUAGCGACAUAUUAUUCAUCUCUUAAUAGUAGGUCAGAAUAGGGCAGAGUACAUUGGAUAUUAUGAGAGGGGAAGAGGAAGGGCUACCUACCACACCCGCCAUUUCAUUACCUCGGCGUACUAUACUUCAAGAAAAUAUAAUACAGUUAUUUCAAAAAUGCUGCGGGAUGCAUGUCGUUUAACAAGCUUGAAAUGUAUUAGAUUCAGCACAGAAGAAAAUAUGCGAAAAAACGUGCGGACAAAGUUUGGUAACAUUCUAUCGUUGUGACCUUUCGCUGAUUGCAUCUUAUUGCCCAUAGUGCAUUUUGGGCUUGGUAUGUAACAUGCAACAAAACCUUCCCUCACCAACCGUUUUUUAAAUAGCUGUACAUUAUUUCUUUGGGAGUUAAAAUGAAUCAAUGAAGUAAUUAAUCGGUCUAUUUAGCUAUUGUCCUAAAAAUAACUUAUUUGGAUUCUAAAUAAUUAAAGUAUGGGUUUUAAAUAA